AAGUUUCAACAUAUUCUCUUUCAGGAAAAGUCCAAAGACAUCUUUUUUAUUAUCUUGUACGCUUAACCUACUUUAUUUGCUGCUAAUUUGUUUUUCCUUUAUAUAAAGCAGGAGCCCGGGAUCGUGUGGUUGUUUCUUGUUUCAGUGCCCACAGCCAAGAAACAGAGAGUUAUUCGCCUCUUCGAAAUCUCGGUCUUUUGGGCAACUCAUAAGGGCAGAGGAGGGAGAUUUACCCACAUGGCCCAAGAGACUGCAUCAGUGCCCACUGAUUUGCCGGUGAAAAGGCCGAGGGAGGAAGAGCAAAACGGUGCUUCUGCAACCGGCGGAGCCAUGGAAACCGAGAACAGUACUGAUAAUGGGACUCCUGGUAUUUCGUCCGUUAUUCCCGGCUGGUUCUCCGAGAUUAGCCCAAUGUGGCCAGGAGAAGCACAUUCUUUGAAGGUGGAGAAGAUCUUGUUCCAAGGGAAGUCUGACUAUCAGAAUGUUAUGGUGUUUCAGUCUGCAACGUAUGGAAAGGUUCUGGUUUUGGAUGGAGUGAUCCAGCUCACAGAGAGAGAUGAAUGUGCAUAUCAAGAAAUGAUCACUCACCUUCCACUGUCCUCAAUCCCCAACCCUAAGAAGGUUUUGGUUAUUGGUGGAGGAGAUGGUGGAGUCUUGAGGGAAGUGGGUCGGCACUCUUCUGUUGAGCAGAUAGAUAUAUGUGAAAUAGAUAAGAUGGUUGUCGAUGUUUCUAAACAGUUCUUCCCUGAAGUAGCAAUUGGAUAUCAGGAUCCCCGUGUGACUCUGCAUAUCGGUGAUGGAGUUGCAUUUCUGAAAGCUGUUCCUAAAGGGACCUAUGAUGCAGUCAUAGUAGAUUCUUCUGACCCUAUAGGACCUGCACAGGAGCUGUUUGAGAAGCCUUUCUUCCAGUCAGUAGCAAAUGCUCUUCGUCCAGGGGGAGUUGUGUGUACUCAGGCGGAAAGCAUAUGGCUUCAUAUGCACAUCAUUGAAGAUAUUGUGUCAAACUGCCGCCAAAUCUUCAAAGGCUCCGUCAACUACGCAUGGACCACUGUCCCUACUUAUCCAAGUGGCGUGAUUGGUUUCAUGCUUUGCUCUACUGAGGGUCCCUCUGUUGAUUUCAAGAAACCAGUGAGCUCAAUAGACACCAGCACCGACUAUAACAAAGCAAGAGGGCCAUUGAAGUUCUACAACCCUGAGAUUCAUACCGCUGCUUUCUGUCUGCCAGCCUUUGCAAAGAAGGUAAUCGAUGCAAAAGCAAAAUGAAUCUGAGUUCUGAAAACCAAGGUGGUGGCUUGUCAUUGCUUCGACCAGUAGAGCGCAUAGUUUCGACCUUCAUCCUUGGUGAAACUUAGGCAUCUGUUUACGAGCCAUGGAAUAAUUAGAGUUUUUCUCGACAUCUUUAUGUUGAAUUUAUGGUUUUAAUCUGGAAGGUGUUUUGACUUUUUUGCUGUAUCCGGAAUAUGCAGAAUUCUAGCAGGCAAUAGAGAACUAACUCCCUAGUUAUCAUACAUACUGCAUACAGUUCUUUCACUUUUCACUUUUCCCUUUUUGGUGUUCUGCUCUGUUUCCACAUGCUAUCCGUGCCUUAUGCCGUAAGGCAAGGGGCUUCCAUCCCAUGGUUGUUGAUUGAUAGUUGAUACAUUUGCUUUGAAAUAAUAGAAGUACAGGUUCGAAUUCUGCGG